GAAGUCUCAAACUCAACCCUGGUUAAAGAAUGUUAGUUGGGUUAUGGGCUCUCUGGGUUUGCAUUCGGGUCUGAACCCUCUCAACUCCGAAACACACUUGGGAUCUUGGUCUCUCCGAUCCCAUCUCUUCUCGUCAUCAACUCCGAUCACUGUCUCUGCAAUUCUCUCACAGAUCACACUCAUUCCCUCCCUUUCUCUCUCUUCCUGGUGUUUUUUUAAACGAGGGUUUUGAAUUGGUGUUCGAUUGCGAAACAUCAUGAAUUAUCUUAUCGGAGCCUUCAAGCCUGCUUGUAACAUUUCUAUCACAUUUUCUGAUGGAAAAACUCGUAAGAAGGUUCCAAUGAAGAAGGAAAAUGGUCAAACAGUCAUGAUUCCUCUCUUCCAAAGUCAAGAAAACAUUGCCGGGAAGAUUUCUAUUGAACCAGUCCAAGGGAAGAAGGUUGAACAUAAUGGGAUUAAGAUUGAGCUCCUUGGUCAGAUAGAAAUAUAUUUCGAUAGAGGCAAUUUCUAUGACUUUACCUCCCUUGUUCGUGAACUGGAUGUUCCCGGUGAAAUAUACGAAAGGAAGACAUAUCCUUUUGAAUUUUCUACAGUUGAAAUGCCAUAUGAGACAUACAAUGGGGUGAAUGUGCGUCUCAGGUAUAUCCUGAAAGUCACAAUCAGUCGUGGCUAUGCCGGCAGCAUUGUGGAAUACCAAGAUUUUGUGGUUCGCAAUUACGGUCCACCUCCAUCAAUUAACAAUAGUAUUAAGAUGGAAGUUGGAAUUGAAGAUUGCCUUCACAUCGAGUUUGAGUACAAUAAUAGCAAGUAUCAUUUGAAAGACGUUAUUAUAGGCAAGAUAUAUUUUCUUCUCAUAAGAAUCAAGAUUAAAAAUAUGGACCUUGAGAUCAGACGUCGAGAAUCAACAGGGUCAGGUGCCAACACCCACGUUGAGACAGAGACACUUGCAAAGUUUGAGCUGAUGGAUGGUGCUCCAGUCAGAGGUGAAUCAAUUCCAAUCAGGCUGUUCCUUAGCCCAUAUGAACUGACACCUACGCAUCGCAACAUUAACAACAAAUUCAGUGUGAAGUAUUAUUUGAACCUUGUUCUUGUUGAUGAAGAGGACCGUCGGUACUUUAAGCAGCAGGAAAUCACGAUAUACCGUCAAGCAGAAACUUCCUAGUUCUUGAUAUCUAACUGGCAUGCCGUCUAGUGAAAAAGGAAUAGAAGAUUACUUUCCUUAUGAUGAGCAUCUGACUUCUAGGACAUCUCAUCGGAAUGAUGUUUCUUGAAAAGGUUUAGAUUGAAUUUGUGUUCAUCGGUGAUUCUCCUUUUUAGAACAAAAUUGUUGAAGAGUUGUAUAGAGGAGCGUCUUUGUACAUGGGCUUUGUACCAGGGACCUCUUUUUGAUGUUUAAAUAUCAUUAUGAAUUGUGCUUUUUGUUGUCUUAAUUUCAUAUGGGAUACAUGACAGCGAUAAUCAUUGCUUUGUUAUAGGCUAUUAGCAGUAACACUGAUGUGUGUUACACUGUGAAUGAUCCUCAAGAGGAGCCGGACGUUAUUGUCAAAUUAGGAAUAUAUAUACCGGGUGCAAUCUUUGAGA